ACUCAUAACUCCUAUUAUGAACACCAAAUAGCUUACUUAGUUCAUAAAUCUACGAGAAACUUCCAUCCUAUUUCAACCUUUUUCUUCCCCUUCCUUUAAAACCCCGUCUUCAAGACUCCAAACUCCAAACUCCAAACACACCACAAACUCAAACCAUCUAUCUUCUAAAACCAAUACGCUGUUUUUCCCCCUUCUAAAUCAAUGUCUUCCUACAAACUCAUACAACUACUUCUACUAUCUAUAAUCAUCUCUUUAUCAAUUACAAUUACCCAAAUAACAGCAAAACAACACCUAUAUCUCCCCAUGACUCACUCCCUUUCAAACUCAAAAUUCAAAUCCUCCCACCACCUCUUAAAAUCCACCACCACAAUCUCCACAAAACGACACCGUCGCAACACCAACCAACAAGUCUCCCUCCCUCUUACACCUGGCAGUGACUACACACUUUCCUUCACUCUCAACUCUCAAACUCUCUCUGUUUAUAUGGACACAGGAAGCGACGUCGUUUGGUUCCCCUGCUCCCCCUUCGAGUGUAUACUCUGUGAAGGAAAAUACCAACCUGGUACUCUCACCUCUCUGAACGUCUCCAAAUCAUCUCUCAUCUCGUGCAAGUCACGUGCGUGUUCCACUGCUCAUUCUUCUCUCUCCUCUUCAGACCUCUGUGCUAUGGCCAAAUGCCCACUUGAAGAUAUCGAAACUUCGGAUUGUUCUUCCUAUUCUUGCCCUUCUUUUUACUAUGCUUAUGGGGAUGGAAGUUUAAUUGCUAAACUUCAUAAAGAUAACUUAAAAAUGCCCUCAAAUUCAAAUAAAAACCCAUUAAUUUUAAAAGAUUUUACAUUUGGGUGUGCUCAUUCAACAUUAGGAGAACCAAUUGGGGUUGCUGGGUUUGGUAGAGGUUCUCUUUCUCUUCCUGCACAAUUAGCUAAUUUAUCCCCUGAUUUAGGGAACCAAUUUUCUUAUUGUUUAGUUUCUCACUCCUUUGACUCUGCUAAACUUAAACACCCAAGUCCACUUAUUCUUGGAAAAUACAACAAAAGAGAUGAUUUUUUUGAUGAAAUUAAUGAUUCUAAGUUUGUGUAUACACCCAUGUUGGAUAACCCAAAACAUCCUUAUUUCUAUUCUGUUGGGUUAGAAGCAGUUUCUGUUGGGAAUAAGAGAAUUACAGCACCUGUGAAUUUAAGGAGAGUUGAUAAUCAUGGAAACGGCGGCGUUGUGGUGGAUAGUGGGACCACUUAUACUAUGUUGCCAACAAGGUUUUAUAACUCGGUGGCUGUUGAGUUGGAUCGGCGAGUUGGGAAGGUGUUUAAGCGAGAUAUGGAGACUGAGUCAACAACUGGGUUGAGUCCGUGUUAUAGGUUGCAUGGUGGGAAAGGGAGUUUGGGGAUGGUAGUGCCGAGUUUGGUGUUACAUUUUGGAGGGAAUAAUAAUAAAUCUAGUGUGGUUCUUCCUAGGAGGAAUUAUUUUUAUGAGUUUUUGGACGGUGGGGAUGAGAUCAAGAAAGGGAAGAAAGUUGGGUGUUUUAUGAUGAUGGACGGGGGUGAUGAUGCUGAGAGUGAGAGUGGACCCGGUGCGACACUUGGGAAUUAUCAACAACAGGGGUUUGAGGUGGUUUAUGAUUUGGAGGAACGUCGGGUGGGGUUUGCUCGUAGAAAGUGCGCAACUUUGUGGAAUAGUCUUAACCAGCACUAAUGUGCGCUGGUGGAAAUGAAGAGGUAGAAUAAGUUUAUUUUGGGGGUUGACUUUUGAAUAUUGGUCAACGGAGGUGUUGACCGCACGUGAGGAUAUUUUGAUAAGGUUAACCACAGUUUGUGCAUAGAAGAAAGUACUACUUUAAAACUUUAAAUUUAAAUAUGGUGGUUGAAAGGGGUGUAAAAAUUUGGCCUCAUUUGUAAGUUGCAAAUAUAGUUUUUUUUUUGACAAUUUUGUUUUUUAUUUUUUUUUCUAAAGCUUAAUUGUGUAAAAUAAUAAAAAAUAUUAUGGUAUAUUUAUUGUAUUAUUAAUAUUUAAAUUUG